AUGGCAACUGAAAACAAAUCGAAGCCAAACAAUACUAACAAAACUGACAAGAGAAGGAAGCAAUAUCUUCCACACAAUAGACCAGUGAAAAAGGGGAAAUACGCAUUAUGUCCAGGAGUGAAGGGGUUCUUUAUAACGUGUGAUGGUGGAAGGGAACGCCAAGCCUCAAACGAAGCCAUUAAUGUUAUUGACUCUUUCUAUGAAGAGCUUCUAAAUGGGACAAAGACAACAUGCGAACAAGCAGAAUUAUCUAAGAAGCCCUUGAAUAAAGUAAUCAAAUUCGCAUACUCUGAUUCCUCCAGCAGUGAUGAUGAUGACAACGAUGAAGAUUCAGACGAUGAUCAUCAUGAGGAUGAGAGCAAUGUACGACCAAAGGAGGACGAAAACAAACAUGCUAUUGCAACAGGCACUGAUGCAAAUAAUGAAAAUCUUAUAAAAGAAGAGUCAGGGCAUCAAAAGGAGGAUGGCAUAUCGAGUGAGAAGCAAGCACCGGAAAAUAAAGAGAAAACUGAUGAACAAGAAGUUAUAGCUGUUGAACCACCAGCAGCUAAGAAACAACGUAUGGAAAAUGAUACAUUAAAAUGUCGAAAUGACUUAUCCAAUAAGGUAGAAAAGAAAUCUGUUGAUAGGCUUAUUGAAGACGAGCUUGCAGAAUUAGGAGACAGAAGCAAGAGGCGGUUCAGCAACCUUGACUCAGGUUGUAAUGGUGUUGUCUUUGUACAAAUGCGCAAAAGAGAUGGAGAUCCCUGCCCAAAAGAUAUUGUCCAACACAUGAUGACAUCUCUGGCUUCAACUAGGAAACACGUGUCAAGGUUUCUUCUAAGAGUGCUUCCGAUUGAAAUAACAUGCUAUGCAUCUGAUGAAGAAAUCAGAAGAGCAAUCAAACCGGUCAUUGAACAGUUUUUUCCUGUAGAAACUCAGAACCCGCUUAAGUUUGCUGUACUCUAUGAUGCUCGUGCAAAUACUGGUGUUGACAGAACAAAAAUCAUCGACGCAGUUGCGAAAUCUGUUCCGUCAGCUCACAAAGUUGAUCUUAGCAACCCAGAUGUGAGCAUAGUUGUGCAAAUUGUCAAGACCAUAUGCUUGAUUGGGAUUGUUGAGAAGUACAAGGAAUUGUCCAAGUACAAUGUGAGAGAGCUAACAUCUUCAAAGUAA